AAUAAUAUUAUUUGUUGUGUUUGACGAAUUUUAUUACUUUAACGCAAUGGCAAAAUACGUGUAUAAUGACUACAGGAAUGUAGAGAUUAGAAAACUAAACGCAGAUGUUCUUUGUGAUCUAAUUGAUAUAUUGGAAGUUGACAAUGAUUGGAAAAGACUCAUGUCUUUAGUACCUAAAAAUAUAGAGAGUUUACACUUUGAACCGAAAUAUAAUAGUGAACACAUAAGAUUGAUAGAAGACCAUGCUAAGUCAACAAACCAAAAAUGUACUGAGAUUAUGUUUGAUGAGUGGGGCACAUCAGGUAGAGUCCGGCCAACACUAAACACACUCAAGAGAAUCGUAAUUCAAGCCCAAAUGUUUAGAGCUGCUGAUGAAAUUGCAAGGCUAUUAAAAGAGCCAUAUCCGAUGAGGCCCGAGAUUGGCCCAGCAGCUCCUGUUACCGGUCUCACUAUGAUGUUGAAUGAUGAGAGCAGUAUUAGAAUGGAUUCUCGAGUAUGCAACGACCCAACAAAGGAAAUGAAGUCUGCUAGUGAUAUGAUAAAGUUUUCAGAGUCAAUGAACAUUCCAAACCUGUCUGUUUUAAUUGGAGAUGAUACUUCUUUCAAUGAAGUGGAAGACUCACAAAAAUAUUCAUCAAGAGGUUCAAACGAUCAAUAUAAUGGAUUUCAAUAUCAAACAUCUUUCCCUAAUAUAAACAUAUCUGGGGAAAUAGACAGUGUUAUUUUAAAAGAUGUCAAUUUAAAACACUUUCAAUAUGAUGACCUAAGACAAAUCACUAAUAACUUCUGUGAGACUCCAACUAAUGUCCCACAUUUGACUGGCAAAAUAGGCAGUGGUGGUUUUGGAGAGGUAUACGUAGGAAAACAUCUCCAAUAUGGUUUACUGGCCAUUAAAAAAAUUAAAAAUAAUUUACCAAUGAACACUAAAUCGGAUAUUGCAAUGACACUUUUUAAUACGGAGGUAAGAUGCCUAUCACAAUUUAAGCAUAAAAACAUUGUGCCAAUUUUUGGAUUCUCAAUUGACGGUCCGGCUCCGUGUGUGGUGUGCGAGUAUAUUGAUGGUGGAUCUUUACAUUACAACAUAGCGGCCAAAAUUCUCAAUAAAGAGCAAAGAUUUUCAAUAAUAGCUGGUACCGCUGAAGGACUGAAGUACUUGCAUGCUGAGCACAUAAUUGAAGAUAACAGUUCCAAUUCAGAAAACUUACCGAAAUCAGUAAAGAAUUUUGUUCAUGGUGAUAUAAAGAGUGCGAACAUAUUACUUACUCGAGACUGUGUACCCAAGCUGUGUGAUUUUGGUUUAUCGAAACAACAUGAUGCAACUACCUUCAUCACAACUCCACAAGGCACAGAAUCUUACAUGGCCCAUGAAAUGUUACACGGGACCAUUACACAAAAAGGCGACAUUUACAGUUUUGGGAUUGUUCUACUUGAGCUACUCACCGGCUUUGAACCCAUCGUUAAGAGAGAUGGUGUCAGGUACAACAUAAAAGAUUAUGUAGAAGAAAAUGUUACAAAUAAUGACAUAAGCAUGUUGGUGGACCCUGUUGUCGGAGAGUGGCCCAAAGCUAAAGAAAUAUACGAACUGUGUCAGAUGUGCCUACAGUAUGAUCGUAAAAGUAGACCGACAAUAAAUGAAGUUUGUGAUACUUUGGAUGCUAUGCAAUAAAACAGUGUGAAAAAUAUACCAAAAUAAGAUUAAAUGUAAUUUAAGCUUUACUGAGUGAUACUGGUUUGAUAAACCUUUUACGUGCCAUAUCAUAUAUUUUUGUAAAAGCAAGUUAUUGAAUUAAUAAAAUGUAUAAGUUAUGUU